CCUGGGCUGGAAUCCCAAUUCCAGUGUGACCUUGGGCAAGAUACUUUAGCACCCUGUGCCUCAGAUUCCUCAUUGGUAAAACAGGAAUAUUAAGAGUAUAUUCAUCAUAGGAUUGUGGUGAAGAUUAAAUGACAUAGCUCAUGAAAGAGUAGGUGCUCAAUAAAUGCUAGCCACACAAACAAAUACAACUAUUCAAUUGCAGGAUUCUCCUUCUGGCUCCUAUGCCAGUGCUCUUUGCCCCACACAGAGCUGUUUCAUUUUGCAACGCAUCUUCCUGAUUCAUUUCUAAGGUUUGGGGCUCCAGGUUGAAGAAGUGAGCUGUGCAUUAGGAGGACAUCCUAAGCAGGCAGCAAAGAGGCAGGGUGGUCACAGGUGGCCUGAUAGAAUUAUUUACUGCCCUGGGGUCAAGUGUACCAGUUGCCAAAGGAAAAACCUUCCCUCUAAUUGGCCCUGCAAGCUGAUGAAAGAGGAGCCAGGGUCUUGCUGAGAUAGCCAUGCAGUGCUGACGUGACAAGCAGAAAGCUGGCAGGUCUGUCCCUGGGCAGACAGAUCGCCUGACACAGACAUUGGGGCCCAAGCCCUGGGAUUGGCCUAAACCGGGGCUAUGUUGACCCGCCACUGGGCCUUGGCAUCCCGUCAAACUGCUGUUAGAUCCAGAGCCUAGAAAUAGUGCUGGGGAAGGCUGCCAGACAGAGCAUGUCAGAGGAAGGAACUAUGCAGGUGCUAACCAAGCGCUACCCCAAGAACUGCCUACUGACUGUCAUGGACAGGUACUCGGCCACAGUGCGCAACAUGGAGCAGGUGGUGAUGAUGCCCAGCCUUCUGCAGGAUGUGCAGCUCAGUGGGCAUGGGGGCCAGAUCCAGGAUGGUGCCCCUGAUCUCUACAGAUGUUUCACCAUGCUCAAGGCCAUCCAUGUGGAUGUGGACCACGGGCUGCUGCCCCGAGAGGACUGGCAGGCCAGGGUGUCAGGCAGUGAAGAUGAUGAGGCUGAGAACGAAGCUACCGAGACAGAGCAGGCCAAGGAAGAGGGGGUCUCCAGGGAGCUGGACCUGGAAGCCCAGUUUCACCUGCACUUCUCCAGCCUGCAUCACAUCCUCACCCACCUUACCCUGAAAGCCGAGGAGGUGACAAGGAAAUACCAGGAGAUAACGGGACAGGCCAUGUAGGCGUUGAACUCUGGGGAAGGUAAUGGUGGCCUAACUAGUGGGUAUCAGAGUCCACCAAGGGGAACUUCUGGGGGAGAAGAGGUAGAGGUGGAAGAGGGAGAGCCCGGCUGUUACAGAGCCACCCUCACUUCAGGGUAUUGGGACCAUGAUCUGGGAGGGCCCAAGACCAGGCCUGCCUUACUAUCCUUCUCAUCCAGAGUUGGUCAGUCAUGGAAAUGAACUCUUAUGGAGAUAGAGGGAAAGUGGCCUUUGAGCGCAUACCUUAUGCACACGUGUUUGCACAUGUGUGUAUUCAUUUGUAAGUAGGUGAAUCUUUGUAGAUGUGUGAAUUGAAUAAGUGUAUUCUGUGGACUUAUUUAAGAAUCUGUUUUAAGCUUUGGACUGCUCCCCAGGAUCCAAGUACAUAUACACAUAAUUGUAUGUAUAAUUUCGGGGGAUAUGCCUUCCACUAAGGCCUAUCCAUGGAUAAGAACCCCGAUGUCAUAUAUUAUUAAUAACAGCCACUA